UCAUUCACCCAGUCUUUCCCAUUUUACAUUCUCCGUUGCCAACGCCUGUUGACAAUUAUCUCAUCUUUCGCGCCGCUAUUUCUGCGAUGAAAACUCAGUCUGUUGAUGAACGAUUGUUAUCAGUCCUUUUGGAGUUUAUCGUUAGAACUUAAUAUUUUUUAUUGAUAAUAAUUAAGUUCUUGGUCGGGAAUUGAUGGAGGAGUCAUUCAUUAAAUUAACGUUUCCGCCUAUUUUUUAAAUCUAACUUUCUGUCAAUUUAAUGACAUGUGAUCGCAUUUAUUACAUAUGCACUUGCAAAAUAUUUCCAUUACUCCGUGAAUACGUGAAUUAAUUGCGUGAGUUCUCGAGUGAUCAUUGUGAUAAGGUGUGUUCACAUCCUGAGAAUGAACUUCAAGAAAUGUCACCAACUGCUGACCUCAAGAUGUACUCUUAUCCUCGAAAGACGCGGCAUCAGCAUUUCAAAAAACUUCAACAAUAAAUCUCCACUGGCUGGCAUUCGAGUUCUGGAUCUGACUCGAAUCGUGGCAGGUCCUUAUUGCACGAUGAUCCUGGGUGAUUAUGGAGCCGAAGUAUUAAAAAUCGAAAAACCAGGAACAGGUGAUGAGAGUCGUCACUGGGGCCCGCCCUUUCUCCCCAACACGAACGACUCCGUUUAUUUUCUCAGUGUCAACAGAAAUAAAAAAAGCGUAUGCAUUGAUCUGAAGAGAGGCCGAGACAUAAUUCAUGAGUUGGCGAAAAAAUCGGACGUUUUUAUCGAAAAUUAUGUGCCUGGAAAGCUGAAAAAAAUGGGACUGGGUUACGAAGACAUCAGAUCAAUAGCUCCCCAGAUAAUUUAUUGCUCAUUAACUGGAUAUGGGUAUACAGGGCCUUAUUCUGAUCGUCCAGGUUACGACGUAAUUGCUGCAUCGAUGGGAGGACUAAUGCACAUUACAGGACCUAAAAAUGGUGCACCAUGUAAAGUUGGAGUUGCAAUGACAGAUUUAGCUACUGGGCUUUACGCCCAUGGGGCCAUCAUGGCUGCGCUUCUUCAGAGAGGUCAAACCGGAAAAGGGCAGUGGAUCCAGUGUGAUCUUUUUUCCACUCAGGUUGCUACACUAAUUAAUGUGGGAUCUAAUUACCUGAAUGCUGGGAAAGAAGCAAAACGUUGGGGCUCUGAGCACGAGAGUAUUGUCCCCUAUGAAGCUUUUCAAACUGCUGAUGGCUUCAUGACUGUUGGAACUGGAAGUGAUCCUCAAUUUAUUUCACUCGUGACACGAAUGGGAAUGUCGGAAUUGGCGGCAGAUCCUAAAUUCAGGGAUAACACAUCAAGAGUUGAAAAUAGAGAGGAAUUGUUAAAUAUUUUGAGAGAUGAAUUCAAGACGAAAACGAGUGAAGAGUGGUCUGCGGUAUUUGCAGGGUCACCAUUUCCUUAUGGACAAAUUAACAGCAUUGGACAGGUUUUCGAUGAUCCUCACGUCCGAGACAUUAAUUUGGUCAAAGAGAUGGAGCAUUCUAAAAUGGGAAGAGUCAAAGUGGUUGGACCACCUGUAAAAUUGAGUUAUGGAACUAAUGAAGUCAGAUCAUCCCCACCUGCAUUAGGAGAACACACGGAGGAAGUUUUGAGAAAUGUUCUGGGAUAUUCGAAAGAAGAAAUUCAAAUUAAAAUUGAUAAGAGAAUUAUACAAUAAGGAAAUUACUCGAUGUUCCAUUUGUAGAUUCCAAUAUUUUUAUGUACAAGAAUAUAUUUUUAUCAAUAAAUUCACUGUUUUAUGACAGAAGAAUAAUGUGACAUCUUGCAAAUCAUUCGGUUAUCUGAUUUUUCUUGUCUUUCGUUAUAAAA